CGGAAGAUGGCGGAGCGAUCGGCCGCGGGCGGCGGGCAGUGAGCGGCGCCCAGGCCAGCGCCAGCUCCCGCACCUCAACCGCGAACAGUGCCAGGCAGCUGGAGCCGGGCUGCACCGCGUCUAUGGCGAGAACCACCAGUCAGAUGUAUGAUGUUCCCAUUCAGUCCAGUGUAGUCCUUUGCUCUUGCCCAUCUCCAUCCAUGGUAAGGAAUCAAUCAGACUCCAGCGUGCGACCAACGAUCUCUGGUGCCACCAUGGACAGCAGUGCAGGCAAUACUGGCCCAGUGAUGGGCUCUUUACCACAGCAAACAGGGCAACGGCAACAAUCUGUGGUGCAGACUCAGCGGCAGCAGGCAACUGGGCACACCCAGCAACCACGGAAAAAGCGGGCUGAAGAUUUCAAGUUUGGCAAGAUUCUUGGCGAGGGAUCAUUCUCAACAGUUGUGUUGGCCCGUGAACAGACAACUGGUAAAGAAUAUGCUAUUAAAAUUCUGGAAAAACGUCAUAUCAUUAAGGAGAACAAGGCACCAUACGUGACCAGAGAGAGGGAUAUCAUGUCUCGGCUGGAUCACCCCUUCUUUGUAAAACUCUACUUCACGUUUCAGGAUGAGGAGAAGCUCUAUUUUGGCCUUAGUUAUGCUAAAAAUGGAGAGCUGCUUAAAUACAUUCGUAAGCAGGGCUCGUUUGAUGAGAACUGCACACGAUUUUAUUCUGCUGAAAUUGUUUCGGCGCUAGAGUACUUGCAUGAGAUCGGGAUUAUACAUAGGGACCUUAAACCAGAGAACAUUCUGCUGAGCGAGGACAUGCACAUACGGAUUACUGACUUCGGAACAGCAAAAGUAUUAUCUUCAGAUAGUACACAAGUUUGCACUGGUUUUGGUAUUGCAGCACGAGCAAAUUCUUUUGUUGGAACAGCACAGUAUGUUUCGCCAGAGCUUUUAACAGAGAAAUCUGCAUGUAAAAGCUCUGACCUCUGGGCUCUUGGCUGUAUCAUAUACCAGUUGGUAGCUGGAUUGCCACCUUUCAGGGCUGGGAACGAGUAUCUCAUAUUCCAAAAAAUAAUUAAGUUGGAAUAUGAAUUCCCAGAAAAGUUUUUCCCAAAAGCAAAAGAUUUAGUGCAGAAGCUUUUGGUGUCUGAACACACUAAGCGCCUUGGCUGUGAAGAGAUGGGAGGUUAUGGACUCCUUAAAGCCCAUCCGUUCUUUGAACCUAUUGUCUGGGAAAAUCUGCACCUUCAGACACCCCCUAAACUCACUGCAUAUCUCCCAGCAAUGUCUGAGGAUGAAGAAGAUUGCUAUGGCAAUUAUGAUGACCUCCUCAGCCAGUUUGGUUGCAUGCAGGUGGCUCCCUCAGGCUCAUUGCACUCGCUGUCUUCCCCUGAGCCUAGUCCACCCCAGAGGUUAUGCAGUAACAUUGAGCAGUAUGUCCAUGAUCUUAACGACACUUCGUUCGAGUUGGAUCUUCAGUUUACAGAUGAGGACAAGCGUCUCCUGCUUGAGAAACAAGCCAACAGAAAUCCUUGGCACCAGUUUGUAGAAAAUAAUUUAAUCCUGAAGAUGGGUCCUGUCGAUAAGAGGAAGGGUCUGUUUGCUCGACGUCGGCAGCUGUUGCUCACCGAAGGCCCCCACCUCUAUUACGUGGAUCCUGUCAACAAGGUUCUGAAAGGAGAGAUUCCAUGGUCACAGGAGUUGCGUCCAGAAGCCAAGAAUUUCAAAACAUUUUUCGUUCAUACUCCUAACCGGACAUAUUACUUAAUGGAUCCCAGUGGAAAUGCCCAUAAAUGGUGCAAAAAGAUCCAUGAAGUGUGGCGACGGCGGUACCAGAACCAGCAGAACACUGGCAUCUAGCAGAGUCCAGCUCAAGUAUAUGGAGAAGCUUCCUCUCAAGUUGCCAGAGCUCCAGAGUUGAGCACUGUAACACAGCAAUGAAAGCCUCCCCAUUCCACCUUAUCUUGCCCAUAUACCCCUCCCCUUCCCUCCCUGUCUCUCUUUAAAAAAAAACACAGCCUGUGGCAUCCAGAAAUAUUGCUGUAUUUGUGUGUAUUGAGGGUGGGAGGGCUGCAGACUAUACUCCCAUCUUUUCUUUCCUCUUUUCCAAGUAAAUGUAAAUGGGAUUGCGGGUUGCUUUGCCUGCUCUUUGUGCUGCAGGCUUAUCAUAUCACAAAUAGAAGACCCUUUGCCUAUUCCUGUGUAACGUCUGCUCUCGUCCCAGCUUCCAGAUUUUAGAUGAAGAUCGCACAUUUAUUAACUGCUUCAUAGGCAGAUUGCAAAUCUCAAUCUAUGUAUUCCCCACAACCCUCAUUCCAGUUCCAGGUAGCCCUCCCUCUGCGCAGGGUCUGACCUUAUUAUCUUCUGUUUUUGUUUAAUUUUCUGAAAUUUAUUUAAGAACUAUGUGAUUUCCACUUUUGUUCUUGCUUUCAUCUGGCCUCUGACACCUGCUGAUUCGCUUCCUCUCAAGGCAAAGGUAUAUAGUGGUACUGAGGAAUCGAUGUGCAUAGAAACACAUUCAAACACACAAGGAAAUCCCUUAUUUAUGUGCUGACUUAUUCAGAGUGAAACUGGUAUUAAUCUAAUUAUAGGGCCCUUUCUCAUCUUUGUGAUCAAGAUAUGUUCUCAAAACAGAAGAUGAAGUUUUGUAAUUAAUUGACCUGUCCAUAUCGAGCCAGUAUGUGUGGUGCGAUAGAGUUCUGUACAUGGUAGUUUUAUGUAAUUACCUGUUCUGAUUCAGUUUCUACAGGAUGCUCCUGUUAAGUUGUUGCUCAUAACCAAAAAGAUUGAAAUUGAUCUUUGGUCUUGGGGAGUCGCUGCAUUUUGCUUGGCUGAAGAUAUUAAUCUGAACGAGCUGGAAUCGUCACUGUGCGAGACACUGAAUUAACGCAUGCUUAAACCAGCAAGUUACUUUGCUGCUUCCCCCUUUCCUUAAAUGAUGGAAAUGUCUAAAACCAUUUCAGUAAUGGUGCAGUAUUUGCUCACUAAAAUUUAUACAUGCUCUGUGCUAGAUAUCACUCAUGAAGUCAGACUAGUGUGUGUCUGCAAGUGGUUUGUGCAACCAGAUGUUCACUUUGCAAGCUGCAUUGUUUAAUUUGCCGCUGUGAUUCCUGUGGCAUCAUUGUACACGUGCCCAGGGUCUGUCUUUAGUCACUGGUCUUAGUCAUUGUUCUCUGGCCAUGGGGACAGGCUGUGAAAGCAGCAGGGAUUGAGGUACUUGGCUAUGCUCAGUCCUGCACUCGUACAUGUGACUGGAUUUGAAGGUGUCCAGUCUGCUGUCGUGUAACUUCUGUAAAUUUUCUGUAUAUAUCUAUAUAUAUAUUAUAUAUAUAUGUGUGUGUGUGUGUGUGUGUGUGUAUUUGCAGGGGAGAGUUAAAAUUGCACCUGGUACUGCAGUAAGAUACUUCUAUAGGACUCUGUGUGUGUGUGUGUGUGUGUGUGUGUGUGUGUGUGUAAACAAAAUCAAUGUUGGAGAGGAGAAAGGAGUACAAAGCAACAGAAGUCAUACUCCACAAUCCUCCUGAUACUUUAGUAGUGAGCGACUGAGCCAUACCAACCCCCCCAGGUCCCUGGCUCAAUUCCUUGUUUGCAUUAAGGUAGCAGAGGGGUUUACAAUUGGUCAGAACAGUUGUGGCUCCCCCACCCCAGGUUUGCAAGGAAUACAUGCCUGCUGCUCAUUCUGAUCUAGUGACCCCUAUGGGAUAUGUGUUUGGACUGUUGGGGAGCACAGUUUAGGGUUCAGGUGUUGGGUCACCACUGUGCUUCAUCAUGGUCUGUAUUCUUGGAGAGCAGGAAAACUAACAUGGCUAAACUGUAAUCGCAGGUUAUCCUAUAUGUCAAGGGGCAAUGCAAUGCUAGAGAUUUGAAGACUUCCCCAAACAACAUGGUAAUGUAUAUUAAAUAUAUUAGUGAUGUGCUAUCUGCACCGCACUGCAGACAGUCACAGAAACCCAGAUGUAAAGUGACUUACUUAAAAUGUGAUCUUUGGAAUACAUGCGGCACAACUCUCCAGAUGCUCUUUGAUGUGUUUGUGUGUUUUGUUUAUAUUUUGCUCCUCAAAGUUACAGUAUGAGCAACCUUUGAUCUACAUGGAUUGAUCGCUCUGGGUCUCUAAUGUAAGACCGAUGGGGCAUGCUGGUCUGCAGGACGAACUGAGUUCAGAAUUGUUCUAGGACUGUGUGCAUUGACUGCUUACAUUCAGCAGGCCACUGCAGCAUCUGGUUCUCGUGGUUCUUGACUCGUACUGGAGCCGGCCAACUGCUGUAAUUGGAAAGAGCCUUUGGCCAAGCUCGCAGUGAUUCCCUCUAAUAAGGAAUAAUGACCCAGAUAUGGGCUGCCACCACUGCUUUAUAAACCACCCUUUAUCAUCAUCUAUCAUCUUGUCACAUUCCCUUUUUCAGAACACUGACCAGUUAGAACCCAGGAUCUGAGGCUGGGCUUGUCCUGGUGAAAGGUGGCAUUGUGUUCUCUGCAAUGUAGUAGCAGCUUUUUGUCUGGCUUUUCAAUAUCCCUACCCCCAAGAGCUCCUCCUAUCCAUUUAUGUCCAGGUUGAAGAACCAAACUUUAUUAGAUCUUGAAAUAUCAAUGGCCUCUGGACUUUUAAUGGGUGACCAUGUAGUUUACCAUGAGAGUGCGGUAGCUAUGGUUCUCUUUCCCCAGCCCUAUGAAAAUUAGUACUGUAUACGUGUGGGCUUCAAAGGUUUGAGGAUAGAACUCAGUAACACAGUUUGGCAGUUUAGUGAUGAUGUGCAGUUCCUUCUGAGAACCAGUUAGUGACAUUCGCAAUAGCUCCCUCACUGACUGCACUCAUGAAUAGGACUCCUAUUUGCCUUGGGGUUAGGGGCAGGGGAGAGAGUUUAACUGGUAACUUUUUAUAGUUCGUGUGAGCUGCCACUAUCAAUCAGCGUCAUAAUAGCACUGGAUGAGCAAGUAGGGGAGAGGAGCACCAAGAGUACAAUAUUGCAUCACUUUCCAGAAGAGGUAGUAGCAACAUUGAAGGGCCAUAAAUCUAUAAGCAGUGGCUGUUUUUAGCACUUUGUGCAAUGUGAUGCAUUCAGUCUGUGAUCGACCCGUGCCACUGCAAUGACUCCUUCCCUCUUGUAAAUUUUUUGGGGGAAGUUAAGUUAAGAAAUGGAUAAUAUUAUCCUGCAUCGUAUUGAGGUGCACUUUAUGGAUUUACUGUACAGAAUACCAGUUUGCUUACAGCUGCACGGCUGACAGAGUAUCCAUGACUUGCUGUCUUAACCUGAGAGAGAUUUCCAAGACUGCUCAGUAAGCAUGUGUUUUAUUUUGUGUGUAUAUGUGUGAUGUUUAUUUUUUGAUGUAAUUUUAUUUGUUUCGCCACGUUUGUAUAAAUCUUAGACACGACUACAGUCCCGUGAGAACUGAGCAAACUUCAAUCUCAACGCUUUACAGCUGUUGCUCCAUCAGUGAGCAAGCGCAGAUUGAUUAAAAUUCAUCACUCCUCUUCCUUCUCAUCCCUAAGAAAGGUUCAACCUCGCUACGUGUAAUCACAGCACCACUGAUUUCUGUACUAGUUUUUCCAGAUAGUCCCCAGCCUAGAAAGAUCAGCAUGUUCCUAUUAGCGCAUUUGAAUUUUCCUCCACUAUUUAGUCAAAGGUAGUGACUCUGUUCAUCUUAAGCUUCUCAUUGUGAAGAGGGGAAUUUCAAACAAAGAUCAUUAAAUGCUCUGUACUCUGACUUCCCACACUGGUAAUCUCAGAACCCUUACUUUGUGAGCAAUUUAAAGGGAAGAAAAUCUUCCCCCCUCCCAAGAAAAGUUUUAGUGCUUGCACAUUUUGUCCACGUUGUCCUGAUUGUGUUAGAAACAGGAGGCACUGAUGUGUGGGGACGAUGGGCAAAAUAAAACUGGUUCUGAAGCUAGGAAUGCAAUAAAGUCCGCACACAUUGUUCUUUUAUGUUUAUUUCAUUUUACUCAUGUCACAUUGUUUCCUGGUUAAAGCAAGCCUGUAGUUCAGUCUGUUAUUUAAAUUCUAAUAUACAAUUUGCAUCUGGAGUUAAUUCAUGUUCAGGGGCCAUGUUGUGUAUGUGAUGUUCAGCAUUUGAAUAUGAAUAAUUAUUGUAAACUAUAAUAUUUUAUGACUUUGUUUCCAGUCUUAUAUAAAUUUUCUAUUUGGUCAAUGAUUUGAAUCAUAUUCCUCAUAAUUUAAUGAACGUAUAAUACUUUUCAGAAUAUUUGUGCUUUAGAUGGAACGGAAUGACUUGAAAUUUUCACGUAAUGCUCAGUAGUUCUGUAAUUAAAGCAUGUAGGGGUUGUAGGUCUAAACCUUGAAA